AUGUCGAUUGACCCUGUGAGAGAGAGAUUUUGGGAAACAACAGCAAAAAGUACCAUUGAAGAAAGAUGUAAGGCUAUUUUAAAACAAGAGUUAUUGAGCGAUGUAAAAUUUGUGUUCCGUGGAAUCCAAAGCGGAAGUGAAAGCAUGAAGAUUGCAGCACAUAAGUUCGUGUUAGCGGUCAGUAGUCCAGUCUUUUUCUCUAUGUUUUAUGGGCCUAUAGCAGAGAGCAAAGACUGUGUCGAGAUCUAUGAUUGUGGUUACGACAGUUUUUUGGAGGUCCUCUCUUUCAUAUACACCAACGAGGCAAACUUAACUUCGGAAAAUGUGAUGCAAGUGCUGUAUUUAGCGAAGAAAUACUUGCUGCCGUCACUAGCUAACAAAUGUUCUGUUUACCUUCAAGAGAAUGUGGACGUGUCGAGCGUGUUUCAUGUCCUGCAACACGCACAGAAAUAUGAGGACAAAGAUUUGUUGGAACAUUGUUGGAAAGUGAUCGAGAAUGAAACGGACGACGCUAUUAAAUCAGAUGAUUUCAUGACAAUCGAGAGGCCAGUACUGGAAGAAUUAGUACAGAAAGAUUCGUUAAAUGUUAAGGAAGUGGAGUUAUUUAGGGCUGUCGAUUGCUGGGCUGAAAGAGAAUGUAAAAGGCAAGGUCUUAAAGCAGGAGGAUCUGUGAAAAGGAAGAUUCUGGGAGAAAAGAUAAUCAAGGGAAUUCGUUUCCCAGUGAUGAAAGAGAAAGAGUUUGAAAGUGUUCUGGACUGUGGGAUACUGACCCAUAAAGAAACUUGCGACUUGGAGAAGUUUUUCGACUCUGUACCAAAUACUUCACUUGACUCAGACUUUUGUAAAGUAAAACGGAAAGUUUCUCCUUACCGAGUUUCCAGAUUUCCAUCGUUGGCGUAUCAUGGAAGUUGGGAACAUUCAUCCGAAUAUUACGAUAUGAUAGUACUCUCCUUCGACAAAGACAUAAAUCUGUGCACAGUUCGUCUGUUUGGUAGCAAAGACCACGAAUUUCGUGUGACCUUGUGUAUAAAGGUAGAGGAAAAUAAGAUGGUAAUCGUCGACACUAGAGAAGCCAAAUUUUUGUCCCGGCACGUGGAGAGUGAAAUGGGAAAUUAUCCAGGAUUUGAUAUUGACUUUGUGCCCCCGAUCGCGUUAAAAGCAAAUACUAGAUAUGUGUUUCGUGCGGACAUAAAUGGUCCUCCAUCCUGGUUUGGAGAGGGUGGACAGUGCUGGGUCAAUCACUCAGGCGUUAACUUUUACUUUGACAACCCCUCGCGUGAGGUUUCCACUUGUGUCGAAAGGGGACAGUUUUCUGAAUUUCUUUUUACACUCGAUUGAAUCAGGAGUUCAAACACAAAGAACAAAGACCUUUAAUAUUGCUGUUAGAUAGUAGGCACGUUAACAUAAACAGAUCCUUGUUCAAUUGAAAUGACAGGCAAUUGUAGAGAUUUCAUUUUGAAAGCAAUACAUAACAAACCUAGAUCAGAGGAAAUAGAAAGAGAAAUCACAGCAGUUAAUAGUAUUAAAGGAGAUUCGUUUCUUAACUUUGUUUUGAAAAUUACAAAUUUAUGCUCUUGUAAAAGAUAGGAUGGACUUUCAAAUAAAUUAGACACUCCGGAUCAUUUUACGUUUCUGGGAAACUGACCACCUACCCCUCCCCUAAACCAACAUUAACAUUUAGUUCUUACUUAGAGCAAAAUGUUGGCUUAGGGGAGGGGUAGGUGGGCAGUUUCACAGAAACGUUAAAUAAUCCGACACUUCAAUGGAUGGUCAUACAACUAUACAGUCAAUAUCCAUAACUCAUACUAAUAAUCCCCAUAGCGCGUGCUGAUAUGGCACUACAUCCCUUCCUUUUCUUAAAAUAACCAAACCCUAACUUUUACAGAACCAGCACACAAAAAUGUACAGAACUUUGGAAAAUUAACGCGAAACCAUCAAGUCCAUCAGUCCUAAACCUCCUUCACGAGGCAACACCUGAAAAAAAUAAAUAAAAGCAAUUUAACCACGACAUUAACAAAGCCAUCAAAUCGUUGAGGUCUUCGAUCCUGACACGUAGACCUACGAAUACUCUCCUGCAGUCGAUGGCUCUCUGUUUCCUUGUUGCUUUCAUCUGCUCGUUUAUCUUCCUUCUCAUCUAUCUCUGCGCUAAGUGAUUCUUGGAUUAACACCUUCUCUUCGCCAACACAAACGGGCUGUUUUUCACUGCCGUUUACAGUGGGACUCUUCUGGGCAUGGUACCUCUUCACGAAAGUUGCAUUGCUUGUGAUCUUCCAACCUCGUCCAUCGCGAAAAGUGCCCUGGGGACGACGUAGGUGAUCUUCGAUCCUGCGUAGUCUCUGACAGUAACCUCACUCCCGUCUUCCGGAUAACUUCGAAAAGGCGAGGGCAGAAGUUACUUAACAACUUGUUUGACUUCUCUGCCCUCAGCAGCACUUCAUCACCGAGUUCAAUAGACUUCAUGGAAACAGCGCCCCUCAUUUCCUCUGCAUACGCUUUCCCUUUCAACUUGCUGGACCAGUCUCUCUCAUGAACUCCUUGUCUAUUAAGAUCAACAGUUUCUCUACUAAACUCUGGCAGUUUGGUCCUCAUCUCCUGUCCAAACAUUAGAGAAAAGUGUGUGGCCCCUGAAGUAACUUGCGCGGAAGCUCCGUCAGCAAUUUUUGUUUUCGGCGCUCGCAUCCUGGAGACACUUGAGCAGAGAGCGAUUAUGGCGUUCAACGUCUUUGUGAUGCAACAUCCUCCCUCCUUCCUUCGGGCGAGUGAGAAGCGCCAAGGGGGCGCAAAUCUCCUUUCACUUCCCUUUCAAGCGCCUGCCACGCCGCAGGCUACAAGUGCACAACAGACGUAAAGACAGACAAGUGUAAACACGUGCUCUCUUUUUUUGUUAUGGAGACAAUGUGAUGGUUUAACAUGAAGAGUAAUCCAAAACGAAAGGAGGAAUUCCUAAGGAUUAUUGAAAGGUGUAUAAGGUGUUCCAGUCAUGCCUAUGGAUCCUGAGAGAAAGGAGUUUUGGCAAACAAUAGCAAGAAGUACUAUUAAGGAAAGAUGUAAAGCUAUUUUCAACCAAGAAUUAUUAAGCGAUGUGAAAUUUGCUGUUUGUUGUGAAGGUGGAAGUGGAAGCAAGACGAUACCAGCACACAAGUUUGUGUUAGCAAUUAGUAGCCCAGUGUUCUUUGCCAUGUUUUAUGGUGAUAUGGCAGAGGGAGAUUGUGUUAAGAUCCCUGAUUGUGAGUACGAGAGCCUGUUGGAGGUGCUGCGUUUUAUAUACAGCGACGAGGCAAACUUAAACCCUGGUAAUGUGAUGCAAGUGCUGUAUUUAGCGAAGAAAUACAUGCUGCCUUCACUGGCCGACAAGUGCUCUGUUUACCUUCAAGAGAACAUAGACGCGUCAAGCGUGUUUCAUGUCUUACCGCAGGCCCAGAAAUAUGAAGAAAUAGAACUGUUGGAUUGUUGUUGGAAACAUAUUGAGGACGAAACAGAGGAAGCUGUAAAAUCGGACGGUUUCGUGACAAUCGAGAGGUCAGUACUCGAGGAAUUAGUGGAGAGAGAUUCAUUAAAUGUCAAGGAAGUGGAGUUGUUCAAGGCUGUCGAUAGCUGGGCGAAAAUAGAAUGUGAAAAGCAAGGCCUCAAAACAGAAGGAUCUGUGAAAAGAAGGAUUCUGGGAGAAAGGAUCGUCAAGGGAAUACGUUUCCCCGUGAUGGAGGAGAAAGAGUUUGCAAGUGUUGUUCUUGACAGUGGGAUACUUAGCCACAAAGAGACUAACGACUUGGUGAAGUAUUUUAACUCUGUACCAAAUACUUCACUUGAGUUUUCACAAGAAAGUAGAAAAGGUUCUCUUGUGCGUCGAGUUUAUAGGUUUUCAUCGUUUUUGGAAGGUUGGGAGGAAUCAUCCAAGUUCUGUGAUGUGAUAGGACUCUCCUGCGACAAAGACAUAAAUCUGUGUGCAGUUCGUCUCUUUGGUAACAAAGGCAAAGAAUAUCGUUUGCACUUGGAAAUACAGUCAGAUGGUUCUGAUUUAAUUAGAAGUAAAGAUGCUCAGUAUUUGCCUAGACAGAUCAAGAGUGAAAUGGGAAGUUAUCCAGGAUUUGAUGUAAUGUUUAAACCUCCGAUCGCGUUAAAAGCAAACUCUAAAUACUGGCUUAUAGCGGACAUAUGUGGUCCUCCAUCCUGGUAUGGAAAGGGUGGACAGUCUUGUGUGCACUGCUCUGGAGUUACCUUCAAAUUUUACAACCUCGAUGGAAUGGCUCAACGGGUGAAAAAGGGGCAAUUCCCUGAACUUCUGUUUACACUCGCCUGA